ACCUUUGGAGUUUGAUAUGAUGUGAUCACACACACACACACACACGUGCACGUGCACGCACGCACACACACACUCACACACACAGGUUUCUAACGACGCAUGGACACACAUUCAGAAUGACACAGCUCUGAUCAGACGGAGGUGAUCUCUGAAAUUGCACAGCAAGCACCUUUAAUUUCCCUGAUUCACAUUCUGCUGUUAAUCACAUCCAAUGGACUCCAAUCAGAAACCAGGAGGGGACGGGCUGCUGGGGACCCAGAAGGAAGUGGCACUGCGAGCGCUGAUCCAACGGACUGGGUACCAGCUGAAACAGGAGAAUGGCCAGAGACGGUACGGUGGCCCUCCACCCAGCUGGGAUGGGCCCCCACCUGAGAGGGGCAGUGAGAUCUUUGUAGGCAAACUUCCCAGAGAUCUGUUUGAAGACGAGCUGGUUCCUCUAUGUGAGAAGUUUGGUCAAAUCUUUGAGGUGAGAAUGAUGAUGGACUUUAAUGGAAACAACAGAGGCUACGCUUUUGUCACCUUCAGCAACAAACAAGAAGCCAAAACAGCCAUGAAACAGCUGAACAACUAUGAGAUCAGGAAUGGACGCCUCCUUGGUGUUUGCGCCAGCGUCGACAACUGUCGUCUGUUUGUGGGGGGGAUUCCUAAAACCAAGAAGCGUGAGGAGAUUCUGACAGAGAUGAGGAAGGUCACUGAAGGGGUUGUAGAUGUUAUCGUCUACCCCAGUGCUGCAGAUAAAUCAAAGAACCGAGGCUUCGCCUUCGUGGAGUACGAAAGUCACCGAGCUGCUGCCAUGGCCCGACGCAAACUGCUGCCAGGUCGGAUCCAGCUGUGGGGCCAUCCCAUCGCCGUGGACUGGGCAGAGCCUGAGGUGGAGGUGGAUGAGGACACCAUGGCAACUGUCAAGAUUCUGUAUGUGAGGAAUCUGAUGCUGCAGACGACAGAAGAAACCAUAGAGAAGGAGUUCAACAGCCUGAAACCAGGAGCGGUGGAGCGAGUGAAGAAGAUCAGAGACUACGCAUUUGUACAUUUUGGUCAGAGAGAAGAUGCCAUCAACGCCAUGAAAGCUCUCAAUGGGAAGGUAGUAGAUGGAUCUCCGAUUGAAGUGACUCUGGCCAAACCGGUGGACAAAGACAGCUAUGUUCGAUACACCCGAGGGACUGGAGGAAGAGGAGGCUCGGCUCUGCAGACUGACUACAGCCCCUACACACUGAGUCAGGUGUACGACCCGACAGCAGCAUAUCUCGGUGCUCCUGUGUUUUACGCCCCUCAGGCAUACGCAGCCAUACCGGGUCCGUUCCGGUUCCCUGCAGCCAAAGCUCAUGUAGGAGGUCGAGGUUUGAUCAGGACUCCGUCUGUCAGAGAAAUUUACAUGACUGUACCUGUAGGGGCUGCGGGGGUACGAGGGCUGGGUGGGCGGGGCUACCUGGCCUACGCAGCCGGGGGCGGAACCGUGGGACGCAGCGCCAGUGGUGCCUCUUAUGGCCUGAAGGCAGACAAGCAGGUUGAAGAGAAGCUUUAUGACCUGCUGCCAGGGAUGGAGCUGACCCCAAUGAACCCAGCUGCCAUGAGCCUGAAGGCCCCCGGCAUCAAACCAGCAACACAGGUUUUGGAGGAGUUGUGCCAGAAGAACAACUGGGGCCAACCGGUCUAUCAGUUACAUUCUGCCAUCAGUCCAGACCAGAGACAGCUGUUUCUCUAUAAGAUCACCAUCCCUGCUCUGGCCUCUCAGCACCCCAAUGUACAUCCCUUCACUCCUGCUAAACUCUGUACAUCUGUGGAAGAAGCUAAGAUCCACGCGGCUGAACACACUCUGCAGAUACUCGGCUUGCAGACAGAGGGUGCUGCUGAUGCCAGCAUUGCUAGUGCAGCUGCUGUGGCCUCAGUAGCCUUCCCAGGCUACGCUCUGACGAGCCCAGCAUCAUCAGCAGUUGCCUCCCAGCUGAAGCAGGCGGUUUCCCUGGGUCAGGACCUGACUGCUUACACCACCUUUGAGGGCUUCCCUGCGUUUGCUGUAGCAGCUCGCCACAGUGACGGAUACGGCGUUUUCUAGAACAUCCAGAGAGGAAGAUUUCUUUGGCUGCUUUUAAACUUCAAUGCCUUCUUUUUUUUUAGAUCUGAAUGAGUUCAUUCUGGUGCUGUGAGCAGAUGGACAUCUGAUCGGUUGCCCGAGGGAGCUUGAUUCUCAGCUGCUUCUUUUUUAUCCUAGCAGAGCGUGAAUGCAUCUUCAUGCUGAUAGCUGCUGAUUUUACAGGCAGGAAAAUAAACCAUCUGAGAUCUUCUACUUCAAUCUAAAAAAGUCCUAACUCUGGAGUUUGAAUCAGAUCACAGAAAACUGCCACCAGAGCAUGUUUUGGACCUGUCAAAUGUCCUGAAGCCAAAGGUUUCACCUGUCACUUCCCUCCCUUCUUCAUCCAACCUGUUUCUGCUUUUUAAUUACCUGAAUUAUCUGCUCAGAUGGCCUGUGAUUGGCUGUUGGUCUCAUCAGUUAAUUUGACCACCUUUUCUACAAUAUGUUUACAAAAAUUACCAGUUAUCACCUUUUCUCUCAGUGGUAACUGGGCAUGAUGUUAUACAGCAGCCAGUUGUGUUUUCAUAAAUAAAAGUGAAUAAUUUAACUAAAACAAGAUUUAAACACAACAAAAAUUGUAAAAUGUGUUCCAUGGUUUUUUAAGAAGUCUGAAGUCAUCUUUUUAACAUCUGAAAUUAAUUUCAUCUCAUUUUUUGUCUCAAAUUCAUGCUGAUGUUAAUUAAUUUUAAAGAAAAAUCUUAUUUUUGUAAACGUGGCUUCUUAAAUAGCUUCAAAACAACUUACUGAUUCGAGACAUUAAUGUAAAAACCACCCUGUUCUGAUAAAAUCCAGAUUUGAACUGAAACACACGAAGUUCUCGGUUUUAUCGGAGUUCAGACGAUAGACUAAACCCAUAAAAUCAAAACACAAUGUUGUCACUUCCACAGAACAGUCAUUUUUGUCAUAUUUUUUUUAUUUGAUAAUCGAAGCCAAUCCCUGCUGCUUUAAAAUAUUAGCCGAAGCCCAGCAGAGGAAGUGGGAGGGGCCUACGGGUUCUGUAACUCACAGCUGGUGUCCCUCCAAAUCAGUUAUUUGUGUCAUUAGAUUUUUUUUAAAGUUCUUCUUUGUGUUCAUCUUUUGUUGACCAGGUCUGUUUCUUCAAAGUGCAAAAUGUUAGAAUUGAAAGUCAUUUAGAGUUGUGUGAAGCUUGUGUUUGGUUGGUUGGUUGUGGUCUGUUUAGUGUCUGUAUCUGCACAUUGUUUUUGUUUCUUUUUGUAAGUCUGAAGUGACUAAAACUCACCUCCUCUUCGGAGCUUUACAGGGAAACCCGUUGGUUUUUUCCAGUGCCAGUAUUGUAAACAACACCAGUUUCAUCUGCACGUGGUCACUGAGGUAAAACCUUAAAAAAACAUCUGGUUUGAAAAGCUGCUGUUUUGUAAAACACUUGAUAACUAAACUUUUUAAAUGGGUGGAUGCAGACGUGAUCACCUGCAAACAAGACUAAAGUUUGAAACUUUUGAUUGAAUAUAUUGUGUUGCAGCAUCAUCAUUUGUGAUUUAAAGCUUUGAGGAUGAAUCUGUUUGAAAGUAGCAGCAUGCUUCUUCGUUGUUUUAAGGUUUGUGUUUUUGACCAGACAACACGUCUGAGCCAUGAACAUGCUGAAGCAGAGACAGUAUUAAAGUGUGAGAAGCACUUAGAACUUAUUUUUGUACCAGGAAAGAUAGGAUAUCCAGUUUGUACAGAGGUAUUUUGCAUGUCUUUGCUGCCAUAAUUAACUGGAAACAACAAUGUGAUGCUGAAUCAGAACCAAUCUGAGGCGAGAGGAGGAAAUGUGGACAUUCAGGAGGGUUUUCAUGUGAUAAAAGAAAACUGAUGUGAUUUGUCCUCUUUUAUUAUUUCUAAUCCUAAUUAAUGGAAAUAAAAAUACUAAGAUCUGAAAAAAA